AGAAAGAGAGAGAAAACCAAAAAAUAACAAGAAAGAGAGAGAGAGAGAGAGAGAGAAACCAGAACACUAAACAAGAACUAACGAAGAAACAAGAUUAGGUAAAGACACACACGAAGAUUCAGACCCCCCACUAUCAAACAUGCCUCUCAAACACCAACCAUCGAGUCUCCAGGAAGCCAGCAUGGUAUCAAUCGCUCGUAACUUUGACUACAUCUGCUACCACGCCAAGACGAGGGAGGAGAUGUGUGCUAUGAUCUAUGACGAGAGUUAUCUGAAGGUAGCGGGGCCCUUCCUGCAGCUGCCUUCGGCCGUGCUGGUUGGUCUUCUGGACGCGGUACGUGAUCAAGGACGCAUCAGACGACACCACCUACAGCCGCUCCUCCUGCCGCAGCUACAGGAGUUCUCCGUGACGGGCGUUGGGGAGACCAUUCUGGCCAUGCACCUCCUGACGCAGCGCUGCCGGCGCCUCCGUCGGGUGAACUUGUCUUACCUUCGUGAUGCGGGUCCCGGCACUAUGCUGAGGUUAGCCACUUGCCUCACCGAAGUCACGCACCUCAACCUGUCCAUGACGCAGAUAAUUGACCAGAUGCUGGAGGUGAUUGGCCGCUACUGUCCACACCUUCGGGAGCUGGACGUCUCGAACACCAGCAUCACUGACUCUGCCCUGCUUCGCCUCUCCUACAAUGAGAAAUACGACGUGGCGCUGUGUCAGAAGCUGGAGAGGAUAAGUUUAACAGGGUGCCUACUUUCACCUACUGGGCCAGCCUACCUUGUGCAUUACCUGCCUCGCCUCUACUACAUUGAUUACGAGCAGAUGUUUCAGGUAUUCGAGGUGAUGCAGGAAUGGGGCGUGACGAAGGAAAACAUGACUCUCUGUGACGUCUACCCUCUCCGCAUCCUCACCUCCACCUGUGACCACGUCGACUCUACCUCCGUGGAAGUAGCAAUCACCUCUGCCCCAAGAUCAUGGUGGGACCUGACAAUCUCCAACGCAGUCAUACAGAACGACUUGCUGUACCAGACCAUGAGACUUGAACACCUGGCACACCUCAGACUCACGAACUGCGAAGGACUAACAUUGAGCUUUCACGAGGGGGUGUUGCCUGUCCUCACCUUACGCGGACACGGCCUCAUCUCGCUGCUACUCGCCAAUUUCACCGUGGUGGAUUUGAUAGCAAUAGGGGAGAGCUGCCCACGACUACAGAACCUUGCAUUUAGUGACAUUGCAAUCUACGAGGAGAUUCUGUACCCACGAGACAACCUUUUCAAUACACUUGUUAACUUGGAGGUGUGGACUAGCGUGAACACGGACACCUGCAGCGCCACCAUCCUCCGUCAGCUGUUGAGUCACGCCCCGGGCCUCACUAACUUCCUGGUGCGCGGAGCUGACGCCCUCUCCGAUAAGCUGCUGCAGGAACUCUGGGAGACCAACCCCAUGCCGCGGCUGUCACGCCUCACGCUGGACUCUUGCCACAAUGUCACCGCGUCGUCCAUCUUCCACCUGCUGGACGCCGAGAACGACCUGACGCUGGUGCGGCUGUGGAGCUGCUUCCUCAUCACCCGCCAGGACUCCCGCCACCUCCAGGCUUACGCCGAGGCCAGGAACUACAACCUCUACCUAGAGUGGUACAGCUGGGACGGCUGAGGCACACCAUCCCCCUCCCCCCACCUCAUCCUCUUCCCUCCGACCCUAAUACCCUCCCCCGCCCCGCAGCCUCUCCCGCCCCGCCACGCCCACCGCCGCCAGAUCAGUCUUGGGUCUUCGUGGCAGCGUUGAGAAGGGAGUUUGGUCUGCGCCGCGGCAGAAGCCUCGCUCCCCGCCGAGCCUGUCCUUUGUGUGUGUGUGUGUGUGUGUGUGUGUGUGUGUGUGUGUGUGUGUGUGUGUGUACGUAUUCAAACCAAGUGGUCGCUGUACAAAUGGUCAAGAAAAUAAAUGUGUGAAUAUG